AUGGAUUCUUUUUCGUACGACUUUUGUUUACUCUUGCAUCCUCAAAAUGACAACCAUACCGAUGAUGAAUAUGGACAAUGCAACGAACAAAAAACUGUAAUCAAUUCAUGUAAAGAGACUGAAUCAAAGGUUUUGCCAAAUUUGAAUGUUGAAGAAAAUAAUGACCCCCACCUACACAAUGCCUCAUUGGGAAUGAAACAUUUCAUUGCUACCAAUCUUGAUCAUCAUAACCGCGGAAGGGAACAAUGCAACAAUGAUGCGCAGAAAACCAUACAUGACCCGGUCAUUCAACUUGAUUUCUCGAACUUGCCAAAUGAUAAAUUUAUCACGAUAAAGAAAUCGAAACCAAUUCGUAACGUUGCUUUGUUCAUUUCAUUCAAUUAUAACCUAACCAAUCAUAUUUCAAAUGAGGAGUGUAACGCGCACGGGUUUCAAGCUUUAUUUCAUGACUUUCAAGAUCACAUAAAUAUAACACCAAUCGUUAGGCUUGUUAAUGAUGUCGCCGUCAAUUGCUGGGCAUACGAUUAUAAUGUCAACGUGUUUCUCGCUUCGAAGCCCAUCUUUCCAAUAUGCAUCGUUACGGCUUUGUUAAAACGUCUUCGAACACUCUUUGAUCAAAAAACCUUGGAUAUCAUUAUCAUUUGGCUUAACGUAUAUGAAAGGUCACGUUCACGGAUCGAUGAUGAAUGUAAAGCUGCUAAGGCUACGGCAUGCAUUCAAGGAGUUGAAAUUUCUGACGUCAUCCCACAAAUUAUGUCCUACUUUGACAAGAGUAAUGAUAACGGGGAGAUUCAUAAGAAGCCACCCAUAUGUUACCAUGAAUUCAAUCUUUCUUAUUCAGCAGCAAUGAAAAUUGAUGAUAAAAUUUGGCUUAACGCAAAACAGUACUACAAGGUUGCGAAAAGUCAAAUGGAAUUAGGUGAUUUGAAUCCUGAUAAUGAGAUUGUUUUGAAAUCAAUCACGAAACAUGAUAACUCGGAAAGUAUCUUGCGCAAAGUAUUAUGCAACAAAUUCUCACAACAUAUACGACUUAAACAUCUGCUUUUCUCAACUCGAGUCUCCCCUAUUUACUUUACGCAAGAAAAAUGUCGUUGCAAUUUAAAUGGCGAUGAAUAUUCAAGCUCCAAAAGUAUCGUGAACGACGACGACGAUCAGGAGAUCUUAAAAAAAUCAUUUAUCGAUAUCUUGGAAGAGGUAAGGCAUAACUUAAUUCAAGACGAGAGAAAAAGAAUCUUAACGGAUUAUAGUGAUUUUGUGGAUGGAAGAAAGAAUCUUUUCUUGAAUUGA